AAGUGGCGACGAGUGAAUCUCUACACAACAUGGAUGAAAUAAAAUAUAAACCAAGUUCAAACAACGAGACUACCAGUACACCUUCAGACUUCGAAGACGGAGAACAUCAUUUACCUGUAACAACACUUUUUAUAAAAAGUGAAACUAAAGAUGAAUCAUGGGAUAAUGUAAUAAACAAUGAACGCUUAAAGGAAGAGGUUACCAUAGAGAAACAUGAGUUGCACGUGGACAAUGGGGAUGAAUUAAAACCUAGAAAAGAGAAAUGUGAGAAUGUGGAAAUGUCAAACCAAUAUGACAUGUGUAUAAUCUUUCAACAACAAUAUAAUACGGAGACUGGACGCAACUGUACAAAUUUAAACCAGAAAUCAGAAGAAUUGUCAAAAGAGAAACGUUAUAAAUGCGAAUUGUGUAAUAAAUCGUUCUCACAAAGUGGUGCUUUAACGACCCAUAGACGUACUCAUACAGGAGAAAGACCAUACUCAUGUGACAUAUGUAAUAGAAAAUUCACGCAAAAAGUAACGCUAGAAAAUCAUUGUCGUGUCCAUACUGGAGAGAAGCCCUUCGUUUGUAAUAUCUGUAACAAUAAAUUUUCAAAAAAGACGAACCUUAAGUACCAUUAUCGCAUCCACUCUGGUCUGAAACCUUAUCAAUGUGAUGUUUGCAAUAAGACAUUCUCAUUACGCGAUCGCCUCAAAGAACACUACCGCAUUCAUACAGGAGAAAAACCAUAUGUUUGUGACAUUUGUAAUAAAAGAUUUUCACAGUGUGGAAAUUUAGCAACUCACAAGCGCACGCACACUGGAGAGAAACCAUAUAUUUGUGAUGUAUGCAAUAUGAAAUUCGCAGAAAGCGCGACCCUGAAGACGCACUAUCGUAUCCACACAGGCGAGCGGCCAUACGCGUGCAAUGUUUGCAAUAAAACAUUCUCCAAGAAAGGAAAUUUGACGAAUCACCAUCGUGUUCACACGGGAGAGAAGCCAUAUUGUUGUGUUGUAUGUAAUAAAAGGUUCUCUGAAAGUGCAAAUUUAAAAAAUCAUCUUCGUAUUCACACAGAAGAGAAGAGAUACAGUUGUUAUAUAUGCAAUAACAAGUAUUCUGAUAAAUCACAACUAAAAACUCACUAUCGUUGUCAUACAGACGCAAAGCCAUAUAUGUGUGUGGUAUGUAAUAAAAAAUUUUCUGAAAGUGUAAAUCUGAAAAAACAUUAUCGUAUACACACAGGAGAGAAGCCAUACAAAUGUGAAGUUUGUAAUAAACAGUUCACGCAGAGUGGUCACCUUGAAACACACAAACGCACGCACACUGGGGAAAAGCCAUUCACUUGUAACAUCUGUAAUAAGAAAUUCUCACAAAAAGUAACUUUAAAGAGACAUGGUCGUCUUCACGCAGAAGACACACAAAAUUCGAAGACUCGGACACUUAGCUCUGAGAAUACUGGAGAUCGAUUGCAUCCAGCAUGUUCUGAAUUAUUAAUGGAAAAUCAGCAGUAAUUUUUAAUUUGAGGUUCUCAUGGCACCAAAUAUGAAAACAGCUGUUCUGGGUUGUUGCACUGUGUAGUAUGCAAUGUUUCAGAGUUGCUUGC